CGACAUCGCCUCCUCCCUGCCUAACCUUUCGUAUAGCAGCCCCGCCGUUCCCCUCCUCUGCCAGCCGCAGCAGCCCCUUACAACAACCCCGCACGUCAGGUUUCACGUUGUCGUCAUGUCCGAACCUUAUGACCCCUACCUCCCCCGCAAUGGCUCCUCGUCGAACCCAAGUGGCUCAGGCGGAAACCCGAAAACGGCUGCAAUUCAGCAACAGAUUGACGAUACGGUUGGUAUCAUGAGAGAAAACAUCACCAAGGUCGCAGAAAGAGGGGAGAGGUUGGAUUCCUUGCAGGACAAGACGGAUAACCUUGCAGUCUCUGCACAAGGGUUCCGUCGUGGCGCAAACAGAGUACGGAAGAACAUGUGGUGGAAGGACAUGAAGAUGCGCCUCAUCAUAGGGUUUACGGUCGCCGUUAUUAUUGUGAUUAUUGUCGUCACAAUUGUCAAGACGACUCAACACUGAGGGUGUUUCGUCGACUGUCCACUUUGCGUGUCGCUUACUCGCGUGGUGUUGUAUCUAUGUCAUGUCCUAAUUCUUCCUGUGACUUGUAGCUUCGUUUAGCGUUCGAAACCUGGACAUUUGAUGCACAUAGUUUCGGUCUUUAUGUUAGCCUCCUUGUGAAAUUCCAAGUUUCAUUUUUGAUGCUGUGAUUGAUGACGAGGCUGACUUCCCACG